UCUGAAGUCCGGCCCCGCGGGCUCAGAGCAGCUGGGAAUGGGCACCGACAGCUCAGAACAGGACUGCCAGAAACAGUUCCAGGCGGCCGUCAGCGUCAUUCAGAACCUGCCUAAAAAUGGCUCUUACCGCCCCUCCUAUGAAGAAAUGCUACGAUUCUACAGCUACUACAAGCAGGCUACCAUGGGGCCCUGCCUGGUGCCCCGGCCUGGUUUCUGGGACCCCAUUGGACGAUAUAAGUGGGACGCCUGGAACAGCCUGGGCAAGAUGAGCAGGGAGGAGGCCAUGGCCGCCUACAUCACGGAGAUGAAGCUCGUGGCUCAGAAGGUGAUCGACACAGUGCCCCUGGGUGAGAUGGCAGAGGACAUGUUUGGUUACUUUGAGCCCCUGUACCAGGUGAUCCCUGACAUGCCGAGGCCCCCAGAACCCUUCCUGAGAAGGGUCACAGGUUGGAAAGAACAGGUGCUGAAUGGAGGUGUUGGAACUGCCCCAGAGCCCCCAUGCAACUCCAAGGAUUCCAUACCUCCAAUCCCAGAGUCCCAGAUGGCCAGGGACCUGGACUCCGAGGUUUUCUGUGAUUCCCUGGAACAGCUAGAGCCAGAGCUGGUGAGUGAAAACCCCCCCCAUUCCCCUUCUAUAAUCCACAGUGCUUGGCUGCUCCACCCCACCCAACUCUUGUCUCCCUCAUCUCAGCAGGUUUGGGCAGAGCAGAGGGGAGCCCCGGGAGGAGAGCUGGACACCAGAGCCAGCCCCAGCCCCACACCUCUCCCAGAGAAAGAGAACUUGGAGGGCCAGCCACUGGGGCCCCAGGAGUUGGAGACGUGGCUGGUGGGGACAGUCCGAGCACUGCAGGAAAGCAUGAGGGAUGUCCAGCGGAGGCUGCAGAGCCUGGAGAGUGUGCCCAGCCCCCCACCUAAGCAGAGGCCCAGGGACCAGCCUUGGCCCCUCAGACUCUCGGGUCCCACCCUACUCUUCUUCCUCCUGUGGCCCUUCAUCGUCCAGUGGCUCUUCCGACACUUUCGGACCCAGAAGAGGUGACUCUCCAUGAGUGGUUGGUCUCUGCAGCCCUGGAAGGAGGCUAUGAGCUCACAGCCCUGCUGUGCACUGAGCCUUCCUGGAGUUUAAAAGAACAUUAAUCACCCCCCUUGGUGUUUGCCUUGGCUCCCCUCCCCUACUGGGGGGGACGCGGAUAAGACCCCACCCUUCCAUGCAGCUUCACACUGGCGCUUCCGUCCCUCCUCCACAGCCACCCUGGCUCCUUCGGGAGACUGUUGUAGGGGUGCGUGACCCGGCUCUAGGUUGCAAGGGCGGGGCCGCCAGGUCUCAGCCUCUGCCCUCCCCACCCUCCGGGUCACCUGACUGCUUCGACUGCAGCCGGUCCCGCGGGGGCUCAGCUCUUGGGCAAGUUGGGACUUGGGCCUUGGAAGGACGUGGUGCGCGGGCUUGGGAGGCCUGCAGGCCAGCACAAGGGGAGCUUCCCUCCUUCCGCCACUCAGGACAUCUUCACCGAAGAUUCACUUAUAAAUGAAUAUCUCACUAAAUAAAAUGACGACUGGAUUUGUUGCUGCCUGCCCCUCACACCCAGGAGUGAUGUGGGAAGCCAACUGCCGGGCGCGCCUGCCCCCGACCCCAGUGCCGGUCCCAGGUCUGGAGAGGCCGCCUCGGCCUCCUCCCAGGCCAGGAGAAGGGAAGGCGGAGGCCUCUGUGCGGGGUGGGGGGCGCAGGCGCCCGGAGAGAGGGCGCGAACCCACAGCCCCUCCUCGUCGCGAGGGCCUGGCGCUGAUGCACCAGGAGGGAAGGAACCUGGGCGGGGCCGCCCUCCCCUUGCGCAGAAAUGGUCGGCGGCUCGCGCGUUAGUCAGGGUUGGGGUCCCGAGGAGCCUGCUCCGGAAGUGGCCAGCGCCCCUCCGGAGGGGAAGCCUCGUCCCGUCUCCGGGCUCGGAGGGCAGAGCCCGCGUGCACACUGGCCCGGGGACUCGGGUGGCUGCCAAGCUGCUCCGCCUCCGAGCUUAUUUGUCCCCUGCCUGGCGGCCAUAGCUUCCUCUGGCCCAUGCCGUCUCUGUCGCCCAGGGCUCUUGCCACUCAGAGCGCCUCCUAGUGUCGGUAUUUCAGAGGCCAGGGUCCCCAGCUGAGCCCCAGGAUGAGAGAUUGCUCUGAAUGCCCCUCUGAGAUCCUUAAACUCUAGCGUCCCUGCAGUCAGUCCCUGAUAACUGCUUCAACAGGUACCCCCAAGGUCACUUUGACAGUCCUCAAAUGGCAAGUACUCUAGUCCCGGCCCCGCUGCUCCGAAGUCUAGCACAGGGUUACGGACUUGUGCUAAGAUGGACAACAGCAGGGCAGUGCGAGAGGGACCCAGGCAAGUAGCACAGUUUCCCAAUUCACGUAUAAAUAGCUAUGUUAUCUAAGCAAGAACAUACGCUGAGCCUGUGUUGCCUUGUUGGUGAAAUAAAAAUGCUAUCUUCAUCUAA